AUGAAAGAUGUUAAAUUAGCUACCAAGGACACCACCUUUAGCUUGGCAGAUAUCACUGGCUUCGAUAAGGAAGUCAAAUCUCAGACUAUCGAGACUACAGCGGUUAACAAUGGUAAAGAAAGGCCAUCGGGGACUAGAGCGAAAACUUUCUUUAAAGACCGUGAUAAAGACCGUGGUAACCGUGGGGAGUUUGAUUAUGAAAAUAAAAAUGAUGCUGAAUCCGAAGAAGUUGUGGCCAAAUCAAGCUCGUUACCUGUUGAAAGCCUUGUACCAGGGAGCAGUUUCAAAGAUUUUAAAUUAGCUACUAAGGACACCAAACUUAGCUUACCAGUUAACACUGUCUUCGAUGACCAAGUCAAAUCUUGGACAAUCGGAACUACAGUGGGGGACAACAAUGGUAACAAAAAGCCGCCGGGUGCUAAAGCGAAAACGUUGCUUACGAGUAAUGAGUACACUGCAAAGGUACCUACGACGAGUUAUCCACCAAGCCUAGGAUCGAAGGCUUCGUCAUUGAGGUUACCUCGAGUAAAUGGGGCGGAAUUAAAUUACUUUUACAACAGCAGAAUACCAUCCCUAGAUGCGACAGGUAUCAAUCAAAAUUUCCUUGCGCGACAUACGACAGAUCAAAGUCUACAACAUACCUCACAGCCUAGUGAUUUUAAACAAACGAGAGAAUUGACUCCACCUACGAAUUGGCCCGUAUGGAGUCUACCACCUCCUGCAAUGACUGAAACAAAUGAUUUGAGACAUCGAUGGCCUCAGUCAAGUGUAGUGCACCCUUCCGUCGUCGGUUAUCAAACUGGGGGACAAAGUAACUGGAAUGACGAGCCACCUGCAUUAAGGCUACCUACAGUAAAAUCGCAUACGCCCGUGGUAUGUCGCAAGGCCACUGCAACAGUCACGGAAUUGCAGCCUAGUGCGAGUGUAACAUCUCAGAGUGUACCUUCAUACAGCUAUCAAUCCAGUGUGUUGCCUGAAAACAGGCAAGAACGUUUCCUGGAGCCUUCCAUACCCAAUUCCUUUAAAGAAAACCAAGAACAUGUUCAUCCUGUGACUUCACCUGAAAUAUCUUCUUUAAGGGGAGAGGAUCAGAGAAAUGGUGCUGUGGCAUUAUCACCUGAGUUCCCGGAUGAUUCCUCACUUGCCGCACUAGAACGCAAGGUGGCGGAGGCAUGCGCAGUAGUUGAAAGGGUUAUGAAAGAACGCGAAGAAAGAACAAAAGCGCAGCGUGAGGCAGCGCGAAAGAAAAGAGAGAUGAGAGAACAAAGAGAAAGAGAGGCAAGAGAAAUGAGAGAAAGAGAAGAAAGAGAAUGGAGAGAAAGAGAAGAAAGAGAAAGGGAAGAGAGAAAAAUGAGAGAAAGACAAGAGAGAGAAAUAAGGGAAAGAGAAAGGAGAGAAAAAGAAAAGAAGGAAAGAAAAAGGAGGGAACCAGUAGAAAAUGAAGACAGGGAUACAAGGUGGUUUGGGGGAGAACGGGCACCGGUUCAAGAGAGCCCGCGAUGGCAGUGCGUGCAUUAUCAGCGGCGUUGCCUCGUGAAGUUUCCUUGUUGUGGAAUCUUCUACCCUUGUCACUGCUGUCACAAUACAUCGGGGGCGUGUGAUACCGAUGACAGGAAGGCAAAUAAUGCGACGCAUGUCAAGUGUGGCAUCUGUGGACACGAAGAAGAGGUCAGUGCCUUUGUUCUAACGGUUAUUCCUAACAAUUGCUUCGCACAUUCUUACUGCGCAUAAUUGCACGGUUGAUUAGCGCGCGCACAUUAAAAAUGGCGACUUUUGCUUUGGGGGUGGAGAUCGCCAGAGGUAAAUCUUCAUUUAUCUCUUAAACCAGUAUAGCGACCUAUCAUUUUUCUUUCUUUCACUAAAUUGAGGGGCAAUUUUUCCGCAGAAAGUAGACAAGUUCUCAGUACAGAAAAAGACAAAUUGAAGGGAAAAGUGGUCAAUUUUCAUGUAAUCGUAAAUAGAGUUAUACUGAUAUUGUAAGGAAUCAUUGCCUUUUAACACGGUGCUUUCAAAUUUCCAUUUACAUAAGGCCAUCCCCCUUUUUUUUUUCAUUUAACGCCGAAAUCGUUUCCUGAUAUUGGGUCGGUCGGUCCGAUUGAAAAAAAAACCUACAAAAAAAAUCACAAGAAGUCUCAGAAUAGGACGCCCUGGUACCCCAUGACGACGUUAAAAGUUAACAUUCACAUAUUUGGAUUAACAAAAUACACAAUAUGCUAUUCUGUUAUUAUGCUCAUUUUUCAGAUAAAAAGAAUUAUUUCAAGUGAAAAAUGGUUUAACUAAGUCGAUACUUUUUUCUUUGAAAAUGCCCAAAAUUUGGGUCGGUCGGACGACGCUAAAGGGAGAAAAAAAAGAGGAUGGCCGAAACAAAAAAACAAAAACAUAAACAUGUACCUGCGCAAUAGCCUGUGUACAACCGCAUGGCUGUACACAGGCUACAAAAACAAUCAAUCGGUAAAGUUUGACAAAAUUCUUUUUCGACUUAGUCUGUCACCGUUAAAUCCCAACAAUGAUGAACACUGAACAGAUAUGCUCUUAGAGAGAUCAGGAUAUGAAAAUUUGUAAGAAAUCGUAGUCUGCGAGCAAGCUCUACUAUUUGGCGAGUGAAGCAAGUCCCGCGAGAACGCGCGAGCUAGCGGCGAAGGCGCGAGGGGCCCCUCGCUCGCGCGUUCUCGCGAGGCUCACUUCGCUUGCCCAAAUAGGAGAGCUUGCUCGCAGGCUAAAGAAAUCGUAUCACCCGGAGCUGAGUAUACAGCUGACAAGGUUUCCUACUCUACUUCAAGUUAUUUUUGCACUUGUCGUAACUAUCUGUUCCGUUUCCGUCUAUAUCUCUCUUUUUUGUGAAAUUUAGAUCAAUGAAGGAAGCCAGUAUUGCAGUAGCUGCGGCGAACAAAUGGCAGCGUAUUUCUGUUUCAUAUGCAAACAUUUUACCGGGGUGGAAAAGAACCCAUUUCAUUCCGAUAAAUGUGGUAUUUGCAGGUACGUUAUUGCGGAUAGGAGUUCUGAUACUCAGUUACAACCAUUUUCAACUGUUCCUUUAGCUUUCUUUAGAAGUUGAUUUAUUAAGGCCCAGGCCAAACGUCGAACUUCUCAUAAACUUAACUCACUAAGUUUGGUUCGUCUCAUGAAAAGUUCGACGUUUUGCGUAGGCCUAAGAACACAAAAAUUUGUCACCUCUUCUAAAAUAACACCGGCAAUAUUCAAAGGACUCAAGGGACAGCUUAAGAAAAAUCAGUCCUUCUUUCUCGUUGUUCCGUUAGUUUUGUAGAGUCGUUAGUUGAUGGCCUGAAAACCAAAGGAGGUGAUUGCAUUUUGAAAUAAACUUUCUAGCUAAACCUAGACACGACUUCACUCAUGUGCGUAAUGAGGACGUGUUUGCGACUGCAAAUUCAUGUGAUCACGUUGAUAGCAUUGGAAUUUUUUUCUGCACUAGAGAAAGAGCAUAACGAUUAUUGGCUCUGUAAGGGUUUCAUUUACGUAAAACUGAAGAAAAUCUAUCAAUAUUUUACGUUUUUUGUCUUUAACAGUACCCAAAAGGACAAAUCGUUUCACUGUGAUGUUUGCAACGCGUGUCUGGACAAACGACUUGAAGAGAAACAUAAGUGCAGGCUCAAUUUCGCACGCGACGAGUGUUGUGUAUGUUUAGAGGUAAGUGAAGAGCCACUAUUAAAAGUGGACUGAUAAGCAACCUCGUUCCCAGGGUCCUCUCCUACCCGUCCCUUGGAACGAGGUAGACUGGUAAGGUGGCACGAAGACUUGAGGUACACCUGCGACAGUAAUGCAUUUGUCGAAUAGACGAACAUUGUCUCGUUGCUAAACUUCCAUGAAGUUUGCAACGAAGUCGGAAAUAAGUGACGUACGGAGACUGAGCUGUGUUUUGUUUGAUUUGGUGGAACGACAGUGAUGUGAAAUGAGCGAUGGUUAAUGGGUGUUUGUAGGUGUUAAAUUCCCCGUUAUCAGUAUCCAUGGUAUCGGUAUUGCCAAUGACAGGUGGUGCAUAAACAUUGACUGCUUAAUAUCAAUUAAAGGUAAAACCUUUAUGCGACUGCCCGACAGCAAUAACCCAGGCAAAGAGAAGGUAGCGCAUGCGUGCUGUUCACCGACAGCAAGCUUGUCGAGAGAGGAUUCGACAUGUUUCCGUUGUAAUUAAACCAACUUUCUGUACUUUAUACAGGAGGCGUUCAGUGGCUGUCAGAUCCUGCCAUGCUCUCACAAGGUCCAUAAGGAGUGCGCCAUUGCUAUGAUUCAGAACGGAGUGUAA